AUGGUCACUUCCCCGGAAAUGAUUAAUUUCCAGGAAAUCUAUCACGAUCUUCACCUCCUUGACCAUCCAUUUUUUGGCCUAACUUACUCUUGGAGUAACAAACAAAAAGAAAAUUUCCUUUCCCGAAAGCUUGACAGAGUUCUCAUCAAUCCUCAUUGGCCUGAAUAUUUUCCUCACUCCUUUGUGGAAUUUCUUUCCCUUGGUCCUUGUGACCAUUGUAUGGCUUCAGUGCCUCUUCACAAAGAGGUUCAAUCCAAUAGAACAAAGCCAUUUAAAUUCUUUAACUGUUGGACCUUGCACCCAAAUUUUAUUAAUAUUGUCAGCCACUCUUGGUCCAUUCCAAUCCAAGAAAACCCUAUGAAGAAACUAUUCCUCAAGCUAAAACGCCUUAAUAAUGACUACUACAGUGACAUUUUUUCUUGGGUUAGACAAAAGAGAGAAGAAAUUGAAAAACAACAAAUCCUUACCUUAACAGGCAUUGAGCCAGUUGACAAGGAGCUUGAACUGCAAAAUGACCUCGCCUCCUUAGAGGAAGCCGAAACAAUGGUUCUCAAACAAAAAGAAAAAAUUCACUGGCUAAAAGAAGGUGAAAAAUGUACCAGAUUUUUCAACUCAGUCAUUGCUUCUAAAAGGAAGAAAGACACCAUUAGAGUGAUUGUGGAUGAUCAAGGAAGAAGGUUGGAAACUUUUGAUGACAUGUCCUCAGAAGUUGUAAACUUUUUCCAAAAACUUCUAGGCACUCAAGAACCUAAUAUUAAAGAAUGUCACUCCAAAAUUCUUAAAGACCUCAUUCAUCAUAUUCUUUUCUCUAAAGAUUAUGAAGGCCUUACUAGGGAAGUUACUUCAGAAGAGAUCAAGGAGGCCAUUUUCAGCCAAGGAAAUGAAAAGGCCCCUGGCCCAGAUGGAUAUUCUCCUCUUUUCUUCAAGAAAACCUGGCCAGUGGUUGGAAAAGAAGUGAUUGAAGCUAUUACCUUUUUCUUCAAGGAAUCUUAUAUCUUCCCAGCUUUUAAUGCCACUACAAUUGCCUUGGUUCCAAAGAUACUGAACCCCAACAAAGUCUCUGAUUUUCGCCCUAUUUCAUGUUGUUCAGUAAUUUAUAAGGCCAUCACAAAGAUCAUUGUUACUAGGAUGACUCAUUUCCUGCCAAAGAUUAUUUCCUCCAACCAAUCUGCUUUUGUUAAAGGAAGGAGUAUUAUAGACAAUACCCUCCUCGCCCAAGAAAUUGUGAAGGGUUAUGGGAGGAAAUCAAUUUCCCCAAGGCGUGCCUUGAAAAUUGAUCUUCAAAAAGCUUUUGAUUCCAUUCACUAG